AUGACGUUAGAUAGCGAUAACGAAUUUGGCUACGAUUUCUCUGUCGACGAGGAGGAAUUGCUAUUACAGUUGGCCUCUGAAAAUAACAACAAUAUCGCCCCUCAGAAUAAUGCGAGAUUGGCAGCCAUAGAAAGAACCGAUCAUCUACUUGAACAAGAUGGCUUCUUCACGGCUGGGAAUGCAUCAAGUCAUACAUUGGCUCCUCGUCAAACAGCGAGCCACCUUUGCAGAGGGCAAGCGUUUAAUCAACGUGAAGCAUCUUCUGGCCUGCCAACGCCACCUGCCGCAUCCUCCUCCAUCGAGGACGUACUCUACCCAGAUUUGAGCAAGGCCUUGAGCAACUUGAAUUCCAUGUCACCUCAAUCACCUAGAUCAGAGUCAACCGUCACAGCAGGCCGUGGCUUUGGGACCAAUGAAGGUGCCUCAUAUGACGAUGGCCGUUCGCCUCUACAGCGGUUUAGAUCUUAUCCAAAGAAACCACUGACUGUGACUGAUCUCACUUCUGGCGCUUGGUGUGAGUUGCAAUACUGGUAUACUCUCACUCGAUUACCUGGAGGCCGAAGGACGAGAACAGCGGCCAUGAAACAAGGCUCCAAAAUCCAUAAAAAGCUCGAGGACGAAGUCCAUACUACUGUCAAGAUUGACAUUAUGACUAAAGAGGACGCAUUUGGACUCAAGCUAUGGAAUCUAGUACAAGGGCUGAGAACCUUGCGUGAUACGGGACUUACUCGUGAACUGGAAGUAUGGGGAAUCGUUGACGAGAACCUCGUAAACGGAGUCAUCGACAGCGUGAGCUAUGAGAAUCCAAAUCCAGAAUUUGAGGCAGAACUCUCUAGCCAAGAGUCACAGAAAGGCAAACAGAAAUCCUCUUUGGCCGACUACUUUCCACCGAAAAACGGGGAUGCGAACCAUUCGGAACCCAAAAUCUAUCUUGCUGAUGUUAAGACGCGUGGGUCUUCUUCUCCAGUUUCGCCCGCCCAAAUACGACCUGCAAAGAUCCAACUGCUUUUAUACCAUCGAUUUCUGUCCGAUAUGGCUGCUGGCAAGUUGGAUUUCUCCAAAGUCUUCCGACGAUACGGGCUCAACCCAGACGAUGCCUUCUCAGACACAUUUAUCGCACAAAUCGGCAGCCUGCACGACGAGAUCUUUGUGGAUGCGUCAGAAACUGAAACCGAUUUCACUCAGGAAUACCCUUCUUCCAGCUUUCAAAGUUCUUCUUCAGCUGGGCCCGAUCUGUUGCAGUACCGAACAUUACGAGAACUAGUUCGUCUUGUUCAGCAAGAAAUAGACCUUACUUUCCCUCACGGCGAGCACUCUAUGGGUCAUAUGCUUCGGGUCCAAUAUGUUCACCGCAGCGACGGUCGCGAAAUCGACCUUCAUGACUUUCCUGUUUCACGAAAAGCAUUAGAGGCAUAUCUCGCCAACUACAUGGAGUGGUGGAAGGGCAAGCGUGAGGCCAAAGGCGUCGACAUAGAAGAGGCGUUCAAGUGUGGAACAUGCGAAUUUGUUUCCGAUUGUUCAUGGCGGCAGAGUAUGGAUGAUGAGAUGUUGCAGAAAGCCAGGACUCGGCAGAAGAAACGGGCAACACGCCGGACGAGCGCCAACGCCGCCUGA